CACCACCACAGCUUAUGGCUCAAGCUGGAAGACACAGGACUAAUAUUCUUGCUCAGCUGGCGUGUGGAUAUGGGCCUCGUAGACUACGAUGGUAGCUCUGAUGACGCAGGGAGCGACAUGCCUAGCGAGAUAAGUGGUCUCAAAAACACUGCUCCAGCAAAGCGCAUCGAUGUCGCACCACUCGUCUCAACAGAAGACCCACUUGAGAUGAAGCUUGUGCUAGCUGGGGAUGGGAAGAAGGGCAUGAUCACGAAUGCAGACUAUGCGACACUAUCAAGACCAGUUCAAGGUCCUCAAAAUCCUUUCAAUGCGCGGACACUUGAAAAGAAGAAUGUCGUUACAGGAUUUGCAGAAACACAGGCCUUUGAUGAUGCUCAUUUUCGUCGGCAACAUCAAGACUUUGCGUCACUGGGCUAUGUCAAAGAUCCGUCACUAGAAAAUGCAUUGACUGGGUUUGUCUAUGUCGGCGAUACUGACAGGGCGCUUGCAAUGCACGGUGCAGAUGCGCAUGACUUUAAGCAAAGUCGGCAAGUCAAGCGUGAUCGAAAGCGGAAAAGAGAAGGUCGUGGCGAUGUUUCUGUCAUUGAUGGUGAUGGAGCUUUUCGUGGUCCUUGGGCAAAGUACGAGAUCGAAGCGCCAAAGGAUGCUGAUCUUGAAUACACGCUUGAGGAGGAGGAUGCUGCCCCAGAAGCGCUGGUGCCUGCUCACAAGCCAGAGAUUGAGCUUGCAGACAUAAGAAUCGAAUCAAACUUCGGCGCCGAGACGUCAGAGUUCUUUGGCAAAUCGCUGCGCGACUAUCAAGGAAGAACAUAUAUGCAUGUUUCACGAGAUAUUGGUAUCGACCUAGAAAAGGAGCCUGGUCAAGAAGAGUGUUUUGUCCCAAAACGCAAUAUACACUCAUGGACUGUGCACAAGAAGAGUGUCACUGCAUUGCGCUUCUUCCCCAAAUCAGGGCAUUUGCUACUCUCUGCAUCCUCGGACUCGAAAGUGAUGCUCUUUGAUUGUCACCACGAGCGAUCGCUUCUCAGGGAAUAUUCUGGGCACUUCAAGGCGGUGCGUGAUGUCUGCUUCAAUGCAGAUGGUACACGCUUCUUGUCUGCAGGUUAUGAUGCGCAAAUGAAGCUGUGGGAUACAGAGACUGGCCAAUGCAUCUCCAAAUUUACAACCGGGAAAUUGCCGUACGUGGUCAAAAUCAACCCAGACAAAGACAAGCAGCAUGAAUUCCUGGCGGGCAUGUCAGACAAGAAGAUUGUGCAAUUCGAUAUGAAGUCUGGCGAGAUUGUGCAAGAGUAUACACACCAUCUUGGACCUGUCAACACAGUGACAUUCAUUGAUGAGAAUCGACGAUUCGUCACUACGUCUGACGACAAGUCGUUGCGUGCCUGGGAGUAUGGUAUCCCGGUACCCAUCAAGUACAUUGCGGAACCAGAGAUGCACAGUAUGCCGGCUGUUGCUGUGCACCCAUCGCAAAAGUACUUUGCAUGCCAAUCGCUUGACAAUUCAGUCGUGGUGUACUCUGCCAUUGACAAGAUCAAGCAACAGCGCAGGAAAAUCUUUCGAGGACAUGGUUGUGCGGGUCAUGCGAUUGAAAUUGCGUUCUCUCCUGAUGGUAAGUAUCUGAGCAGUGGUGAUGCUGGCGGGUAUGCGUGCUUCUGGGACUGGAAGACAUGCAAGUUGCUGAGCAAGUUUGCGGCGCAUAAGGGGCCGUUGACCCAAAUAGCGUGGCAUCCGCAAGAGACGAGCAAAGUUGCUACGGGAGGUAAUGACGGAGUGAUUCACUAUUGGGACUAAGUCAAUGCUAUAGGAUAGGUAUUAUAUCUUGCUUCAUCA